ACAAGUAUUACCCCUGUAAAAUGUCCGAACAUAGAGUGGCUACUUAUAAUACUUCCUGUCUUAACGUACCACGACACCCUUUAAAUCAACACCCGUUUCCUAUUUAUGAACAAGAGUAUUUCGAAAAUUUGGAUCAACCUCGCAAGUAUGCGUUAGACAUCAAAAAUAUGGAUACAAAGAUUCGUUCAUCCUAUUCUCCCGAUUCACAAAAGAUUGUUUUAAAAUCCUUGCUAGAAUUUUACGACAGCAUUCCCGAAUACGAUGAUGUAAAUCAUCUUCCAAACAAUGAAUUUUAUAAGAAGCUUGAUAAUUUACGCGAGAAGCAGCGCCUGUUCUACAAAUAUAUGCAAAAUGGGAUCAAAUUCGAAAAUAAGAAGACUGAGUGGACAAACGAUUACAAAGACAUGACUAUUGGAAAUGUCAAACCCCAGUCAAGUAGACCAAAAUCAUCCCUUAAACCUUUCUGCGUCACUCCUACUCCUACUAAAAAGUUUUCUCUGAAGAACUCAGAUAUUGAAUCAUUAUCUUCCAUGGAAAAGGAACACUCACGACGAACAGUCAAGAUAGAUGAAAUUGUUCAUAAAAAGGAAGAUGAUUUCGACGAAUUUAUUACUCCAAAAGGUAGAUCGUCAAACGUUUCAUGUACUCGUUACAAAAGCAAAAUGGAUCACUACUGGGAUGAUCUAAGUAUCCAUGAGUACAAAUCAGACUCAGAAAGAGAUUUAUUCACAUCGAGGAGCGCUCCUAAUAGUCCAGUAAGAAAUAAGUGUCCAAUGGGGUGGAAGAGUAAUGGUAUAACUAUACCAAAACCAUUUCAAAUGACGGUCAACGACGAGGAGACUCAAAUAAUCAACGAAAUUCUGGAAAAAGAAAAACCAAAACCCAAAUCGGACGAUAAACAACAAAUGUUUAAAGCUCAUCCAAUCCCAAUAGAAUCGCGAAUUCCUCUAUUCGAUAAAAUAAUGGCAGAACAAGAACGAAGAAGGGAAAGGGUUAAAAGUAAAAGCAGACAAAGUCUUCUAGCCCAAAUGAAACCAUUUUCGUUCACACGUCGGGAGGAACAAGUAAGGGAAAUGGGGAAAUGUUUGCUAUCACAAUCAUCGCCCAGUAUAUUCCUGAGUGACAAACCCAAAAAACGAAAGCCCUUUAGAGCAAAACCUGUGCCCAAAAAUCUAUUUAGCAAUUACAUUUACAAGAAGAUGAACGAAGAUGAAUUUUAUAGGUGUUUGCAAAAGAAGAUUAGGGCUGAAGAAAUGCUUAAAGCAUCUUCCUUACCUCCUUCAAUGGCAAAACGAGAAAAGACGAGACUAAAACAUGAAAUUUGUCCAAAAACUCUCAAAUCUGUUAAUGCCUUGAAGGAUAGCGAUAUUUGCCGAAGAUGCCUUCAUUUUAUACCACACCAUAAGAAGGAAUGUUUGGAGAAAGAACUAGAACAAUUGGCUCAAGAGUACAUGGAAUCAAAUACAAAAACAGUCAAGAAAAAAAAGAAGAAGAGCAGUAGACCCUCAACUGUUUCAUCGAGGAUUACGUCUGCCCAAAGUUUCAGUAGCAGUAGCUUACGCCCAAAAUCAGCUGCAGAUUUACAACCGGUCAACUAUUCAAAUCUAGCAGCCGUCUUAAGGAUCCAAUCAGCUAAGAGAAGAAUGGAGGAAGAAAUGGUGAGGAGGUUAGAGGAGGCGAAACUUCGAGACGAGAUCAGAUGGCGGGAAAAAGUUUUGAGGAAGAAGCCGGUGUGGCAAAAUCUUGCUUUUAACACCGAAGGAGAUUUGGCCAUGCGUCUUCAGCUUCGCAAAGACGAGGAACGGAUGAGGAAUGAAGAACACAGACAUCGCAUGGAGUUAAUGUAUGGUAGAGUUAAUGAUAUGCCAACACUUUUUGAACGACAAUCCCAGUUUACCAAGGACGCAAAGCCAAAACAACACUGCCUGGCCAAAUAUGAGAAAAACUUUACGAGAAAAUUAGAAAACAGAUGUAAUUCCCAACUGAGUGAUCUUUUUACGAAAACCACCAAACGUAAAAUGAUAGACGAAGCUGUGGAAGUUAAAGAAGAUUAUUUGUUUAAUUUAAAUAACAAUUGCAAAGAAAAUACUAAGAAAAGCGGAAGUUCCAAUGAAGAAGUGGAAGAAGAUGAAGACGAUAAUAAGGAAGGAAAUGAUGAUAUAAAAACACAAUAAAACAAGAAUAGAUAAGCACUAUACAUUGGAUUAGAGAAACAGAUCAACUAAUUGUUCAGUAUAUACUAUCAGGAAUGCUUUUUACACAAUUAAUGUUUACAUAGUGUAUUGCAAUUUUGUAUUUAUUCGAUAAUAAAAAGAUUUAAACAUUUUACAAUUUUACU